UUAUCCGUCUACAACACUGGACAUCCCCAUCCCCUGCCACCCCUGCCCUGCAAGACCAUCCCCGUAGUUGUCAAAAAAUCAGGCACCAGCACAGAGCAGAGAGCACUGAAUCUAUCAUCCACCAGCGGCAAAAGCAUGGCAUGUUGUGGGAGCUCCACAGCAUUUGCAACGUGGAGCAUAUCAUCCCUUAAAUCAGUCCUGCCUUCAGUUCCAGUUCAGAGAACUCCUCCACUUCACUUUUCAAUUGGGUCUUCCCCAACUCGCCUCAGGGUCGCUACUCUGCGCAAUUCCGGUCCGGGACUUCUUCAGUCUUUCGUGGGUCUUGCCCCUUUGAACCCCCUUCUGUCCCUUUCUUCUCUAGAUUCAUUUGGCUUUGAGCAUUCUUUUACCACCAUUGACAAUGGGGGCCGAUUCUUUGCUAUGAGACAUGGAAGGAAGGUACCUAAACUCAAUAGGCCCCCAGACCAACGACGUGCGCUCUUGCGUAGCCUGACUACUCAGCUGCUAAAACAUGGGCGAAUCAAGACCACAAGAGCAAGGGCCAGUGCUAUGAGAAAGUAUGUUGACAAGAUGAUUACAUUGGCUAAAGAUGGUUCUCUGCAUAAGAGAAGGCAAGCCCUUGGAUUUAUUUAUGAGAAGCAGAUUGUUCAUGCAUUGUUUGCUGAGGUCCAGGAGAGGUAUGGAGACAGGAAUGGAGGUUACACAAGGAUAAUUAGAACCCUACCCAGACGAGGGGACAAUGCACCCAUGGCUUUCAUUGAGCUGGUGUAAAUUGUGAUUCAUCAUCUUGAUUAUGCUUUUCGGUUUCGCUCAUCAAGGGCUUUUUGAUAGAUCCAAGUGUUGUAAUCAAAUUUUUGCUUCUUGCCUUGCUGGCCUAUCUAACUUGUGCCAACUGAUAGCUUCUACUUUUAGUUAAAUCUUUCGUAUCAUGUGUUUAUGUCUAGAUUGACUCCUGGCAUUCUUGUGAUUAUCUAAUGAGAAUGAAGUUUCAUCAGA